GGGGCCGGCGCUCGCCCCUCCCCGGCGGCGGCUCCGUGAGCAGCGGCGGCUCCUGUUGCUCCCCGGUGCUCUGCCCGCCCGGCCCGCUGGCCCCUCCCCGGCGGCUCCGUGAGCAGCAGCGGCUCCUGUUGCUCCCCGGUGCUCUGCCCGCCCACCGCCGUAUAAAGCGCGGCGCGGGGGGCGCGCCCGCGGCUGCCGCCAGCCGCGGAGGAGGAGGAGCGCUGUCCGCCGCGGAGGAGGAGGCUGCCCGCCGCCGCCGCUGUGCUGCCCGCCCGCUGCGCUCCCCGGGCGCUUCUCCCCUCUCUCUGCACGGCCGCCCCUUCCCCGCUGUGGGGCGGGCGGCGCGGGCAGGCCGGCGGUGCGGAGGGCGAAGAUGGCGAGGAGCGGCGCCCGGUGGCCGCGGCUCCUGCUGCUGCCGCUGCUGGCCCUGGCGCUGCCGGCGGCGGCGGAGCAGCGCCCCGGCCCAGCAGAUAAACUUCUAGUCUUUACUGUAGCAACUAAAGAAACCGAUGGCUUUCACCGUUUCAUGCGAACUGCAAAGCAUUUCAACUACACAGUAAAGGUUCUUGGAAAAGGAGAAGAAUGGAAAGGUGGUGAGCUGCCCAACUCCAUUGGCGGAGGGCAGAAAGUUCGGCUGCUGAAAGAAGGCAUUGAGAGCUUUGCUGAUCAAGAGGACCUAGUUGUGCUGUUUGUUGAAUGCUAUGAUGUUAUCUUUGCCGGGGGCCCUGAAGAGCUGCUAAAGAAAUUUCAGGAAACUAAUCACAAAGUGGUGUUUGCAGCAGAUGGACUAAUUUGGCCGGAUAAAAGGUUGGCUGACAAGUAUCCUGUUGUCCGGAGUGGGAAACGAUUCCUGAACUCAGGAGGAUUCAUUGGCUAUGCUCCGUACAUAAAUCGUAUUGUGCAGCAGUGGAAUCUGCAGGAUAAUGAUGAUGACCAGCUGUUUUACACCAAAAUCUAUGUUGACCCAGUGGCAAGGGCGCACAUUAACAUCACUUUGGACCACAAAUGCACAAUUUUCCAGACCCUAAAUGGAGCUGUUGAUGAAGUCCUUUUGAAAUUUGAGGAAGGAAAAGUAAGAGCAAGGAAUUCAGUGUAUGACACCCUACCAGUCACCAUUCAUGGAAAUGGCCCAACUAAAAUUCACCUGAAUUAUUUGGGAAACUAUAUUCCUAAUGCUUGGACACGGGAAACUGGUUGCAGUGUUUGUGAUUUGGACUUAGUAGACCUGUCAGCAGUACAGGAAUAUCCAAGAGUAAAAAUUGGUGUUUUCAUUGAACAACCCACUCCUUUCCUAACUAAAUUUUUAGACAGACUGUUGACUCUGGACUACCCACGGGAGGCACUCAGUAUCUUCAUUCAUAAUAAUGAGGUUUACCAUGAAAAGCACAUCAAGAAAUUCUGGGAGAAAGCCAAGAACAUUAUCAGAAAUAUUAAAAUUGUUGGGCCUGAAGAAAACCUGAGUCAAGCAGAAGCCCGGAACAUGGGAAUGGACCUUUGUCGCCAGGAUAAAACAUGUGAAUAUUACUUAAGUAUAGAUGCAGACGUCGUGCUGACAAACCCCAAAACUUUAAGAAUACUGAUAGAACAGAACAGAAAGAUAAUUGCUCCGCUCAUGACUCGCCAUGGGAAGCUCUGGUCCAAUUUCUGGGGUGCUCUGAGCCCAGAUGGUUAUUAUGCUAGAUCAGAAGAUUAUGUGGACAUUGUCCAAGGGAACAGAGUAGGAGUAUGGAAUAUCCCUUAUAUGGCUAAUAUAUACUUAAUUAAGGGACAGACUCUCAGAUCUGAGAUGAAAGAAAAGAACUACUUCAUGCGUGACAAGCUGGAUCCGGACAUGGCACUGUGCAGGAAUGCCAGGGAAAUGACUUUACAAAGGGAAAAAGACUCCCCUUCUUCGGAAACAUUCCAUAUGCUCAGAGCCCCAAAGGGUGUUUUCAUGUACAUUACCAACAGACAUGAAUUUGGAAGACUUCUGUCUACAGCCAAUUACAAUACCUCCCACUACAACAAUGACCUCUGGCAGAUAUUUGAGAAUCCGGUGGACUGGAAGGAAACUUACAUAAAUCCAAACUACUCAAAGAUCUUCACUGAUAACAUAGUAGAACAGCCAUGUCCAGAUGUGUUUUGGUUUCCCAUAUUUUCUGACACUGCCUGUGAUGAAUUAGUAGAAGAAAUGGAACAUUUUGGGCAAUGGUCUGGUGGAAAACACCAAGAUAGCCGCAUUUCUGGAGGUUAUGAAAAUGUCCCAACUGAUGACAUUCACAUGAAGCAGAUAGGGCUGGAUAACGAAUGGCUGCAUUUCAUACGAGAGUUCAUUGCCCCAGUCACACUGAAAGUCUUUGCUGGCUAUUACACCAAGGGCUAUGCUCUGCUGAACUUUGUAGUAAAAUACAGCCCUGACAGACAGCGGUCACUCAGACCUCACCACGACUCCUCCACCUUCACCAUCAACAUCGCCCUCAACAAAGUAGGAGAGGACUUUCAGGGAGGUGGCUGUAAAUUCCUUAGGUACAACUGCUCCAUUGAGUCUCCCAGGAAAGGAUGGAGCUUCAUGCACCCAGGAAGACUAACGCAUUUACACGAAGGACUUCCCAUCUUGAAUGGCACAAGAUACAUUGCAGUAUCAUUUAUUGAUCCUUAAUUUUAUUUUUUUGUCCUCUUCAACAGCGGUGUUCUUUACAUAAACAUUUAUUUAUAGAUCUCUUCUGGAAGAUGGUGAAAAAAGAAACUUUAAGUUACUGUUACUACACAGCAGAGGUACUUUGGGCUAAAAGGAGGAAAACAGAAAAUGUUCUAAUAUUGAAGAUUUCUUGAUAUCUGCUCUGAGCCUUGAGUCCCAAAGUUAAACAUGUCCUACUUGUUUUUCCAUUCUGCUGUCCUAAAGAGUGGAUAAGGAGAGAAAAUGGAAAAGCACAGUGAACCCAUUUCUUCGUUGAAAAAAACCCAAACCCCAAGCAAUACUAAAUACAAAAUCAUCGGAAAAAUUUAUCAUGGUUUUCAUUCAGUAAAGUGACACAGCUAAAGUUUGGUGGUCUGUAUGUUUGGUACCAACCAAUGAUGGAAAAAUCACAGCAUAAAAACAAAAUCAAAUGAAUCUUGUUUACAGUUGUUUCUGGUAAGCAAUAAUUCCGUAUGUUGGUUUAUACUGAAGGGAAAACGUCUCUGUAGCCUGGUCUCCUAAUUCAUUGUCAAUACUGAAAUGUUCACCCUUAGAAGAAAAAAAUAAUUAAUUGCAGAGAUGGAACAAGGAUUAAAUCCUUUAUCUAAGGAGGAAGUGUUUUAUCAUUGUUCUGAGAACUCAGCCUGUUGAAAGCUUACUUUUCUUCAGCAAGUGACCUUUGUUUAAAGUGAGUUAUUUUUCUAAAUGUGUAGUUGCACCCAAUGGAUACUGGAAAUUUGAUGCUUAUUUUCAGAACGCUGGUAAAUUUUAAUAGGAUGUUUUAUAGGGACAGUUUUCUACUCUUAAAACUACUUGAAUUUUGUAUCAGGAAAACGAAAAGGUGGCAGUCUCUUUUAAAGCUAAGGGUCUUAACUUGACAAUUAUUUUAAAGAAAUUGGUUUAAAAUAUUCCUACUGUAUCUACUGUUUGUAAUUUAAGGAAACUUGAAGCUAAUUGUCUCAAAGUCUACCGUGCCAAAAUGCACGAGAUGUUGGAAAACCUUGUGAAAAAUAAAGGGUAAUUUUAAAUUAA